AAAAAAAAUGUGGAUGAGGAGAGAACAAAAGCUUGACUUGCUUCAUUGACUUGCCAUGCAUCAAGAAAAGUAGAAUGCCAUCAUGUGUUUUAUGGUAAAUUUUAUCGAUUGAAUGAACAAUCUGACGCCCCAACUUGGCAUUUUCACAAACAACUUCACAGCAUGGCCCUUUUUUCCUUGAAACAUGCUCUCUUCUUCAUGUUUCUUAUCUUUACCACUGUCCACGCAUCAGAUGACCCUAUAUUCCUUCGCCAAAAUUGCACAACCAACGAAACCUUCACCCCCAACACCACUUUCCAAGUCAACCUCCGCACCCUCUUGUCUUCUCUAUCUUCCCUUGCCACCCGAAACACCCAGUUUCGCAACGCCACCGUAUCCGGCGGAAGCCCUUCUGACUCGGUCUACGGUCUCUUCCUCUGCCGCGGCGACGUGCCCCCUCAACUCUGUCAACAGUGUGUCCUGAACGCGACACAAAGACUCGGCAACCAAAACACAGAUACAUGCAAGUUUUCGAAAAGCGCUAUAGUUUGGUAUGACGAAUGUUUGGUUCGAUAUUCCAACAGGGACUUCUUCUCCACGGUGGAGACAAGGCCCAGAAUGCGUCUGCGGAACACCGCCAACAUUUCCGACACUAAAAGCUUCUUGCGCUUGUUGUACACCACCUUGAAUGAAACCGCAGACGAGGCAGCGAAUUCUUCUAAUGGUGCUAAGUUAUACGCCACAAAACAAGCUAAUAUAUCUGGGUUUCAGACCCUCUAUUGUCUGACUCAGUGCACACCGGAUUUGUCACCCCAAGAUUGCAGAAGGUGUCUCAGUGAUGUGAUAGGGGACCUUUCAUGGUGUUGUCCUGGAAGCCAAGGAGGAAGAGUUUUGUAUCCAAGUUGUAACUUUAGGUAUGAGCUGUAUCCUUUCUACAGAAUGGAUUCUCCGGCACCCGAAGCAAAUGUUAGUCCUACAACUUCUACGAUAAAAAAUGGAAAAAACAAUAUCUCUAUAAUUCUGGCUAUUGCCGUGCCAAUUGUCGUUGCGGUGCUACUUUUCAUUGUUGGCGUCUGCUUCCUACGCAAGAGGGCAAGCUAUAAAUACAAUAACUCUUUUGGCCAGGAUUCAAUUGUGGAAGGUCUUAGCGAUGGGGACUCCUUGCAAUUUGACCUGGCUACGAUUGAAGCAGCCACGAACAGAUUCUCGGAUGAAAACAAGAUUGGCAAAGGUGGAUUUGGGGUGGUUUAUAAGGGUGUCCUACCUGACGGACAGGAGAUAGCUGUGAAGAGGUUGUCAGUAACCUCCUUGCAGGGUGCAGUAGAGUUCAGGAAUGAAGCCGCCCUUGUGGCCAAACUUCAACAUAGAAAUUUAGUGAGACUAUUGGGAUUUUGCUUGGAGGGCCAGGAAAAGAUUCUUAUCUAUGAAUACAUACCAAACAAAAGCCUUGAUUACUUUCUAUUCAAUUCUAUGAAGCAAAGAGAGUUAGAUUGGUCACAACGCUACAAGAUUAUAGUUGGCAUUGCUAGAGGAAUUCUUUAUAUACAUGAAGAUUCUCAACUUAGAAUUGUACACCGUGAUCUCAAAGCUAGCAAUGUUUUAUUAGAUGAAAACAUGAACCCUAAGAUUUCUGAUUUUGGCAUGGCAAAGAUUUUCCAGGCAGACCAGACUCAAGUAAAUACAGGAAGAAUAGUUGGGACUUAUGGUUACAUGUCUCCGGAAUAUGCAAUGCGUGGUCAGUUUUCCAUGAAAUCGGAUGUGUUCAGCUUUGGUGUCUUGGUCUUGGAGAUUGUGAGUGGCAAGAAGAAUACUGAUUUUUAUCAAUCGAAUCACGCUGAUGACCUCUUAAUCUUUGCUUGGAAGAAAUGGACAGAGCAAACACCAAUGGAGUUUGUGGAUCCAACUCUGAGAGGUUCUUGUUCGAGAAAUGAAGUAAACAGAUGCAUCCACAUUGGUUUAUUAUGCGUUCAGGAAAAUCCAUCAGACCGACCAUCAAUGUCCACAAUUGCACUUAUGCUGAACAGUUAUUCAGUGACCAUGUCAAUGCCACGACAACCAGCAUCUUUCCUGCGUGGAAGAAAUCAUAACAGGCUUAACCGAGAGCUUGACUCUGAUCAGUCUACCACCGAUCAAUCUACCUCCUGUUCAAUUCCAUACUCUGUGAAUGAAGUAUCCAUCACUGAAGUAUACCCUCGCUAAAGGAUUCAUUUUAAGUCUUUUUCCAUCAAUCUAGUGUAAUCAAUUUUAUCAACUAUUGUAUCUAAAUUAAAGCAGACAUCUUUUAUCUGAUCCAUUUAAGUGUCUCCUUGAGAUAUUUCCAUUUUACACAUCAUACCUUUAAACAAAUAAAAAAGAAAAGUAA